CCGGCACCGCCCUCCCCGCUUCCAGCGAUCCGCAGCCUGUUGCUGCCAAACCAGCUGACAGUUUCAGUUGCUAAUCUGUCCGAUUAUUAUUGCACUUAAUUUAACCUUUGAACUUAGGUAAUUUGUCUCCUUUUUAAGUCUUAUAUUUUGCAGUGAAGGGAUCUUAGCCAAAAAAAACAUCAUGUGGACUGUGGACAAACUCUCAGGAGCUUUCCACCAUGACGGUGCGCACCUUCCAGCAUGUGACUGUUAAAUCUUUGCUCUGGACCCACUUCAAUCAGUUUAACUUUAUGCAUCAUGCCGAACUGCAGCAGCAGAUGACCUAAAAGUGCGAGUUCAUUCAUGAGUUGGUGAAGCUUUAGGGAAAAGUUGUUCACCGUGCUCCUGUGUCAGGUCUCCUUACCUGAUUCAUCCCCAGUCGGGUGCAGAAUCUCUCCGCGGCGCCCAGCGAAGGCAGGAUGUGGACACCGGGAGCUGCGGCUGCUUGGAAAGCCACGAUUUUCCUCCUCAACAUCACCCCAGCUCUUGUAGCCAAAAGACAUGUUGUUUAUUGGAACUCUACAAACACAAGGUUACUAGCAGGAGAUUUGGCUGUCCAGAUGAAUCUCAAUGAUUACCUGGACAUCUACUGCCCCUACUACCCUGACAGGGGGGCCCUGGGUACUGAACAGCCAGAGACGCUUGCCCUCUACCUGAUAGGAGAGGAGUCUUUCAAAGGAUGUGUGGAAACCAUAGGGGCCAUCAAGAGGUGGGAAUGUAACAACCCCUUUGCUCCGUUUGGACCAGUGCGCUUCUCUGAAAAGAUCCAAAGGUUCACUCCCUUCUCACUGGGCUUUGAGUUUCUGCCAGGGAGACACUACUAUUACAGCUCUCUACCCACAGAUGAAGGCCCUCCUCUGCCAUGUAUGAAGCUGCGCGUCACAGUAUGCUGUGAGCCCACAUCAGAGGGUUCAAAACAAAUACAAGAAACUGUACCUCUAAGCAGAGGUUCAUCUUUGAGGACAGCUUCACCUCCACUCCUCAUCCUCAUUCUCCUCUUGCUGACUACCUGAUUUGGCCGUCCCCAUCGUUAACCUGUUUUCCAUGGGAGCAAGCACAAAGACGUUCCUGUACACAGUGCAAUCUACACACAAGCAAUGAAUUACUCAUUGCACUCUGUGCUAUAGUAAGCUAUUGCAAUCAUACAAAUUACAUUGUGGUUGUUUACCUGUGAAAUUCCAGACAGAAUCGUGUCUUUUCCAGAACAGGGCCACAGUGACUCAGGGACUGACACACUGAAUCACAGAGCUGCAUUUUGUGUUAUAUGUUUUUGUUCCAUCUGUUGUGCAAGUAGAAGGAGAUACUAUGUACACAGUUGGGACUAGUCAAGACUCAUAUCCCUGUCUGAUGCCAGAAGAACAGUGAGUGUCAGGACUUGCUUAAGUUUUGUUUUGUUUUUGUUUGUAUGUUUGUGGUUGUUUUCUUUUUGUUUGUUUUUUUGUUGUUGUUGUUGUUUUUUGUUUGUUUGUUUUUUUACCUUUUUUUUAUCAUUGUUUCAAAUUUUGUGUCUUGUUUUUGAUUUGUUCUGUUGCAUUUACAUCUUUUUGAGAACUUCCUUCCAGUUGAAAAAUGGCCAAAUAAACACAUACUGCUGUACUGAGCUCAGGUUGGAAGUCAGUGAGUUAGUGGGUGACUUUUGUCUUUUGCUUUUAUUGAUAUUCUGUACAUGGACACUGAUUUUUAACUGCCUUAUUUGCAACAGAGCAAGACAAAUUUGUAAUGCAUUUGUAAUUAAAUUUGUAAAACAAAGGCAUUUUGGGAGGAAAUGAAGAAUGUUGUAAAACAUAGAGGCUGGGCUGCUGCGCCCCCUGCUGGGAUUGAACUGGUUAUACUGGAGGUGAACUGGGUUGGCCAAAAACCCACAAACUGGACCCCAUUUUCUGGUUCUGUACAGUAAUAACAGGACCUGUGACAGAGUUUGCCCUCUGAUUGGGUGCUCUGUUAUUCCGUCUGUGGACCCUUCUCCCUGCCUUAAAACAAAGUGCAGAAAAGAGGGAUUUAUGGGUAUCAGCUCACAUCGCUUCGCUGAACACACUGAAUUCUGAUUGGUUGAUUCUGCUGUUGGCUUGGUGGAUGUAUAAAUGUGCUCAAAGAAAUUUUGUUGUUUUUGUUGAGCUUAAUUCUUUGUUUAGUUCAUAUUCUGCAAAAAAAAAAGUGAUAUUAAUAUUAUACAUUAUAAUUGUAGACUAGAGCAAGAAUCAAUGUUUUAAAUUUAAAUCCAUAAAAGCCUGCAUGA